AUUUCAUUCCUUAGUUGCCUGUUACACGACGAAUUUUUUACGAUAUUCAUCGUGUCUAGAUAGUCCCUCCCUCUUCAGUCAAGAUUAAUCUAGAUUUAACCCUCCGGUAAGCGGAGGUUAGAGGUAUACAAAAGUUGCCAAAGUGUCUCCAAUAAAGUUAUCUGCGAUGGACAGCAACUCGGUGUCGCCGAUGCCAGAAUUAGCACCAAUUGCGGAGUUCGACAAGUCGCCUCCUUCGCCUCCAAACGAAGAGGUGCCGAUGGACGACCUCCCGCCACCCCCCUCCACCAUCUCACACCCUGAAGCAAACCACAACCACGUCAAGAAACAACGGAGCCGCUCAUAUGAAUCGGACGACGAAGAACGUGGUGCCUGCGAAUGGUGCGAGUACGCCCUGGUGAUUACACUAGCCACAAUACUCCUUAUAGGAGUGUCAGCGUUGACUGUGUUCUGGGUGGUCUACUACCGGGAGAGUUAUGGCUGGGCUGAUGAUAUACCAGAGAAGCAGUUCAACCUUCAUCCGACCCUUAUGGUCGCUGGGUUCAUCACCUUCAGUGGAUUUUCUAUUUUGCUUUACCGUAUCUGCCGAUGCUUCCGGCGGAUCUACGUGAAAUUGUUACACGCCAUAUUCCACGCCCUGGCCUUCCCUUGCAUCGUGAUUGGAUUCCUGGCAGUCUUGGACUUCCACAAUAAGAAGGGAAUCAACAACUUCUAUUCGCUACACAGCUGGAUAGGUUUCGUAGCUAUGGGAUUAUUUGGUUUACAGUACGCAGUUGGUUUCUUCAGUUUCCUCCUGCUGCUGAUCUGCAGCAAGGGUACGGCCUCCUUCCGCGCGUCUCUGGUCCCAAUUCACGCUUCAUUCGGGAUACUGACUUUCGUCCUCGGGGUUUGUGCUUGUCUCACCGGACUUACUGAAAAAGCUCUUUUCACUCUUGGUAACUCCACAAUAUUGGGAGAAUUCAGGAGCGAGACAUACUCGUCGCUGCCGACAGAGGGCAUUGUGAUCAACGCCAUCGGCGUGUCGGUGGUGGCCGUCGCCAUCUUGGUGCUGUACACGGUUCGCGGAACUGGCGGAUACCGCAUCCGCAAGGUCGCGCAACACCCCAGCUAAACAACACGACGCCGCUUUGCGACUGGCUGACGAAUCGGACUUUAGAACGAGGCGACAUCUACCAGAUUCCAGCGAAACGCCGAAAUGCGCUCUGAAGUCUCAUUGGCCAGCCCAACUUCAUUUAACUCGUGUACGAUACGAUAUUCGUUUAAGUUGAAUGAUUUCAUAACUGUGUUCCAAGUUUCUUUGAGAUUUUGGGGUCCAUAUUAUGUGAUUUCGUUAUAAAUGUAAUUAUGAAAUGUUUUGCAGAUAUUAAAGUUGUUACGUACCCGAUAUUAAAAUUAUAUUCAUUUAGGUUAUAAUCCAAUAAAAUUUACUUGCGGUUGUGCGAUUAUCUAUUUAUAGCCUUUAUGAACAUCAUCGAAAUUAUGUAUGUAUACCUACUCGUUUAUUCUUUAGUUUAAAUGACAUCGCGAAGCCCGAUGACGCUGUGGCGUCACCGAAUUCGUUACAAUUCAGAACGAACAAAUAUUCAACUGCCCGUAGUUAUUUUUGAAGUAUUUUAGUGGCCAUAUUUUAUUUAAGGCGAACGCCGAUCACCUCGGCGGCGUUAGGUUAAAUAGGUUUAACGAUUUGUAUAUAAUUUAAUGUAUGUAAUGUGCGUGUGUUCGAUAGUAGUCGUGUCAGAAACGUAGUGAAAUAUGAGUAAAUAUUUAUUGGUCGGUAUCGAGUAGUGAUAGUACCUUAUCAUAAAAUAUUUAAACCAAUAUUUCUGAAACUUUUAACUUUUUAAACGUAUUGCAUGAUAAUCGAAACUGCUAAAGUUUUUUACGACAUUUGGACGGAACUCUAUACAGUUUUAACGAGAAGCGUUCGGGUUGCCAAAUUCGAUGUAAUACCUAGUAAUAUUUAAUCAAUACCUACAUUAUUAGAUGUCUAAUUGUAAUUAUAGUGUAAUGCUCAAUGUAUUUAUACGCGGAGUAAAUUUAUUACCUUGUGUCUAUUGUUUGAUAGUUUAUAUCGAAAUAGCAUUCCGUGUUGUGGGGACAUUCGCAGACUUUACUAAUAUACGAUGCACGAAAGACUGUACACAUAGAAUAAUAGGUUUUGCUGAGAUCGAAUGAUUACAGUUUUUUAAAAGUCUACAACCCUGGAACCCUUCGUAACGUCGGGGCCAACUUUUGAAAUAUUUAGAUUUCGUUUAUUACUAAUUAGACUUCUCGCUAUAAAGCUAAUGUUAAAACGUACCUGCUUGUUACGUAUAUUUAGUCAAUUCGUACAUUCGUACUUUCUACAAUAUCUUCUAAAUUGUUUUAUGACGUUGUUUCUUGAAAUUAUUUCUUAAAUCGGUUGUUUAUUGCAGUUGUAUUGGUUAUUAUGAAUUUUAUCACUGUUUUACGAUUUCCAAAUAUUUAUACACAAUUAUAAAGGUACAUUAAAUACAUAUUGU